AUGGAACUAUUUUAUACACCUAAAAAAUCGUUGUACAGUAAAAAAAAUGAUGUGAUCGCAGAGAAACUCCUUGAAGAUUUGACCAAGGAUUGGCAUUUUUCAGAAUCCUUCAAAGCCGAUGUUUUUAAUAAUGGUAAUUCACCCAGUGUUUCUAACUUCCCAUAUGCUUACACUCAAUCAAAGGGUUAUGAUUCUAAUUCUCAAUACAUGUAUGGCUCACUGAUGACCAAUGAUAUGCCUUGGCAGAAUAAGUGGUAUCUAAGGUUUGACCCUCCAAAGACUGCAGUUGAACUGGGUAUCGACCAGUACUGGAGCUAUGAGGCACCCAAGCUUUCAGAGUUUUCUGAGUCCUCUAAAUUUGAUCUCAAAUCUACCGAGCCAUCAGGUAUUUCUCAGCUCGGCAAAACAUCGCUUUCUAACCUCAAGAGCAUGGCAACUAAAGUUUUAUCUGGUACAACGCAUGACGCACUAAAGAGAGAAGCUUAUCGCAGGGAAUCUUUUAAGGCUGAUUCCGAAGUCGACUAUGUCAGUGUUGUUUCGUCCCACCUCAAAAUGCCUGCCAAUGAGUCUGGCCAGGAGAAGCUUUCAAUAUUGGAGAACUUUAAAAAGAACGUUGCUAAAACUCAUAAAAUUAAACAAUCUAAAAAGAGAUAA